CGUGCACUGACAGCGGCGUUGCUGUUCAGAACAGCUUGCCUAGUAACCAAGCGGAAGUUGGAGUGUCCGAGCGGUCGCGCUCGCUGCCUGUUCGCCGGUGGAAAAGUUACGCCAAACUUCCAUGAAAAUGGGUGCACUUACUGCAGAUGACGGCAACUACAAAUAGAGCGCUGCAGUGAGGGGAAACAGCAAUGUACAAGGAUUACAGAUCUGGCAGAUCUACAGGACUAAACCCGUUACCCUUUGACCCCGCAAGCAACAACGAGCCACUGCAGUUUAAUAACUCCAAUGGGCCCCUGGUGUCCGAGUGUCCUCUGGAGACCAGUACAGACAACGGCAGCAAGAAAAGGAAGAGACCUAAUCUUCCUCCAGAGGGUCUUCGUAAUAUAGCAAUGGACUCCAGCUCGUUGGGAAUGCCCAUAUCUGACCCGAACGCCUGGGCCACCGCCAUGAACAACCUAGGGAUGUCGCCCAUGGGCAUAACCGGACAGCCUCUCAUGUCUGAUUUUGACCCCAGCCUUGGCAUGAUGACGGGUAUUGCUCCGAUGAACCCCAUGAUGCCCGGCUUGGGCAUUGUGCCCCCUCCUAUUUCUCAAGACCUACCGAUUGUGAAGGAGAUCAUCCACUGCAAGAGCUGCACCUUGUUUCCUCCCAACCCUAACCUGCCGCCUCCGGCUACACGCGAGAGACCCCCGGGCUGUAAGACGGUGUUUGUAGGAGGUCUACCUGAAAACGCUACCGAGCAAAUCAUAUCAGAAGUGUUCGAGCAGUGCGGUGCCAUCAGCGCCAUCCGCAAGAGCAAGAAGAACUUCUGCCAUAUUCGCUUCGCCGAGGAGCACACGGUGGACAAGGCACUUUUUCUGUCUGGUUACCGGAUCCGUCUCGGGUCCAGCACGGAUAAGAAGGACACGGGCCGGCUGCACGUGGACUACGCUCAGGCCAGAGACGACCUGUACGAGUGGGAGUGCCGGCAGCGCAUGCUGGCCAGGGAGGAAAGACACCGGCGCAGGGUAGAGGAAGACCGUCUCCGUCCGCCGUCCCCACCCCCCAUCGUUCACUACUCCGAGCACGAAUGCUCGCAGCUCGGGGAAAAAAUCAAAGAUGACUCCAAGUUCCCCGAGGCAGUACGAGUCCUGCUGACCUGGGUGGAGCGAGGUGAAGUGAACCGCCGCAACGCCAAUAACUUCUACUCCAUGAUCCAGUCGUCGAACAGCCACAUCCGCAGGCUUAUGAACGAGAAAGCGGCGCACGAGAAAGAAAUGGAGGAAGCCAAGGAGAAGUUUAAGAACGCCCUGGCUGCCAUCCUCGUACAAUUUGAGCAGAUUGUGUCUGUAUUCCACGCUUCUUCCAAACAAAAGGCAUGGGACCAUUUCUCCAAAGCCCAACGCAAGAACCUGGACAUGUGGCGCAAGCAAGCAGAGGAAAUCAGAAACAUCCAUAACGAGGAGCUGAUGGGAAUCCGCCGGGAAGAGGAGAUGGAAAUGUCAGACGAUGACAUGGAGGAUGCACCGGAGAGCAAAGACUCUGAUGACUCAGGGCCACUGGCGCAGGUGGAGGCCCUGAGGGAGGAGAACGACAGCCUGCGAUGUCAGCUGGAUGCCUACAGGAAUGAGGUGGAGCUGCUGAAGCAGGAACAGAGCAAAGCACAUCCUGCGCGCAGCGAGGAAGACACGACACGCCAACAACAGCUGAGCUUCCUACAACAAGCGCUGCAGGGCAUGCAAAAGCAACUGCUAAAGAUCCGUGAUGACCUGAAACAGAGAGAGAUGGAGCUGGAGAAGAGUACAGAGGACAAACAGCAGCUAGAAAGUCAGAUCCAAAGCCUUAAAGACAGAAUUCAAGCCUUCCCAGCAUCACACAUCACCCUGCCUUUGGAGAGGCCGGAGUGGGAGGACAGAGGCAACGAUGAAAACACAAGUCAUGCCAAUGAGUCAGCAACGUCUGCAGUGGUGUCCUGCAGUCAAGAGAAAGAGAGUGUCCCAGACAAGGGUCCACCCAGUCCGGUCAAAUCCGAAAGGGAGGCCCUGCUCGUUGGAAUCAUCUCAACCUUCCUCCACGUGCAUCCGUUCGGGGCCAGCAUCGAGUACAUCUGCUCGUACUUACAGCGUCUGGACACCAAGAUCAGCACGACAGAGGUGGAGACGCUGCUGGGCCGACUCCCCUACACCUUCAAGCAGGAGCUGACGGGCGUGGGUGCCAGUCUGGAAAAGCGCUGGAAGUUCUGCGGAUUUGAAGGCAUCAAGACAGCGUAGUCAUGCCAUCAAGCGUUAUAAACCCCAAAGACUGGCACCGCCAGGGUACCUUACAGAGACAAGAACAAGGUUCACAGGAAGGAUUGAGUGCUUCCUGAUUAGCCGAGCUUUGGACACUUUCAUUCAGUUCGGACAGGAAGUGUGGAGUCCUGCGCUCUGGUGUGUGUGUGUGUGUGUGUGUGCGCGCGUGGGUGGGUGUGCGUGUGUGUGUACGUUCUACAGUGUUUGACCACAGACUUGUUUGUUUGCGUGUCAGUGUGUAUGUUAAUGUGUGUGUGUGUGUGUGUGUGUGUGUGUGUGUGUGUGUGUGUGUGUGUUGCUGCCAUUUUGGAAGGACCGAUCUGAGCCACCGAGAUAAAACAGCACUGACCUGCCGAGGGAUUAUCGAAACAGAAGGAGACUAAACUCUGGACAAAAUAAUUUACAUCAUCUUUGUUUCAGUUUUUUUUUUUUUUCAUAAAAAAAGAGACAUAAAUUAAAUCUAUUUCUUUCUUUCUUUUCUUUUUUUCUGUAUAGGUUGCUAACAGCAGUUUUUUUUUGUUCACAUAUUCUGUAAAUGUUUGAAUAACUUACUAUUUUUAAAUAAAAAAUAAUGUAAAAAAAGAACCAAGAA